GAAGAGGAGGGAGAUCUAACCGUGCCUCCCUUGAAUCCUAGGGCCAUACUCAAUGCCGUCCAGUGCACACCUACAGGAUGCUCCUCCACUCCUCUCCAGGACCCUUACACAGGAUGAAGAACAGACCUCCUUGAGGCAGAGUAGCAGCUGUGAUCUGUCUGCUGCCUCUGCCUCUGCCUCUGAGUUAUUGUCAGGUUCUACCAAGUCAAGAAUUCCUCACAAAAAACUGCUCAAAGGAAUGCUUCCCAAAAUCAUCCCCACUGAGUCUGCUGCUAAGCUUCUCUGUUGCUAUGCAGUGAUCCUGGUCCUCAUUGUAGCUGUAGUUGCUCUUUCUCUUGCUUUGUCAGUAAAAAAGACACCACAGAUCUCAGCCGUAAAUAACUAUGCUGCUUGCCAGAGAAACUGGAUUGGAGUUGGAAAUAAAUGCUUUUUCUUUUCUGAAUACUCACAUAACUGGACAUUCAGCAAGACCCUCUGUAAGGAACAAGUGGCCGAGCUAGCACGAUUUGACAAUGAGGAGGAGCUGAAUUUUCUAAAGAGAUACAAAGGGAGUUCGGGUUACUGGAUCGGCCUGCAUAGAGAGUCAUCAGGAGACCCUUGGAAGUGGACAGACAACACUGCAUAUAACAACUUGGUUCCCAUCAAAGGAGAAGAAAAACGUGGUUUCCUGAGUAACAAUGGGUUAAGCAGUGGCAAGGACUACAUAAAGAGGAAGUCGAUUUGUAGCAAACUCAACAGCUACACCUCACAGUGUCCGUAGUUUUGUGUCCUGGGUAGAGAGUUUGUCCUAGCAAUCAUGAGGAACACAAAACAUGAUAUCUACAGUUCCUGCAUCAUGAACAAUCUGCUAAAAUCGUCAUCAGUUCAUAAUGUGUGGUGACGUCUAAGAUGACAACUGAGGCAUAUUUUGCCUGGGAGAUCAUGAAUCGUUCUAUAUUAAAUAAGUAUUCAGGUAUGAGCCGGUUCUCACAUCUUAAACAUAAACUAAAUCAUGUCAGUAUUAGUUACCUCUACUUUCUUUUUUCUCUUUUUUAAAUUAUAUUAUUUAUUUAUAUUCCAAAUGCUGUCCCUCCUUGUUCCCCCUUCUAGAGUUCUUCACUCCAUACCCUCUCUUCUUUACUUCUGAAGAGAUGUUCCUCCAACCCCUAUCCUUAACCCACCCCACUCUGAGUAUUUCCCUUCUCUUGGAAUUUAGGUCUCUACAGGAUUAGGUACAUCCUCUCCUACUGAGGCCAACAAGGUAGUCCUCUGCUAUGCAUGACCUGGGGGCUAUGGACCACCCAAUGUAUCUUCUUUGGAGGCUUAUUCUCUGGGAGCUCCUAGGGUCCAGGUUAGUUGACGUUGUUAGUCUUCCUAUGGAGUUGCCAUCCCUUUCAGCUCCUUUAAUGCUGCUUCUAACCCUUCCAAAGGUGUCCCCGACUUAAGUCCAGUGGUUGGCUUUAAGUAUCUGUAUCAGUCUCAGUCAGCUCCUGGUAGAGCCUCUCAGAGGGUGCAUUAGUCUAGCUGGUAUGAAGUUGAGCAAUCCUCUGAGGGGGUAGUGAGGAUGAUUACAGGAAAGAUAGAAAACAGAUAAAAGAUACAGAUAAUCAGAGGGCUAUAGGUCAAUAGCACGCCAUCCCUGAGUGUAUUUCUCACAGCUUUUUGUAAUAUGAUACCAUGGGAAAGAAAGUCACAAGCCAACAGAAACAAUUCUGUUGAAAUGUAUAUGAGACAGUUUUCACCAAAAAUCUUAAAAUCUUAUUAUUGUUAGUUUUUACCAAGGUCAGUAGAAUCUUUAGCUCUUAGUGUUGAAACUCACAAGUUUGGCCAAGGACUGGAUGGUUUUUCCUUCAGUCUCUGCUCUCUUUUUGUCCCUGCAUUUCUUUUAGACAGGAACAAUUUUGAAGGUGAUAACCUCUACUUUUAUGACCAGAUAUAAAGUUUUUUUUUCUAUUAGUUUUUUUCUUUGAAUGACUGGGGCCUUAAAAAAAUGAAGGGCAAAUAACAGUGUGAAUGAUUCUGUCAUGACAAAAAGAUGAUUAUUGUUCUGUGGUCUUCUAAUAUUUUUAGAAUCAUCAACAUUCUUUUAUAAUACUUAAUGACCAACAUGAAGGGAGACUUAGACAGGUCUAAAACCAAUAUUAGCAUUAUUAAUUUAAUUAAUAAGGGAUAUUUGUCAAACUACUUUUAGAUUUACUUCUCAGUUUUCCCUUUUUAAUUAAAGAGUACUAAGAAUAUGUUAUAAACGAGUCAUUUUACUUUCUUACUUAAUUCUUUGAGAAUUUCUUCACCCUGGCAUACCAAUCGAGUGUAGGCAAUGAAUGACCUUUUAGCUUCUCAUCAAGAACCUGGUAACACAGCUCCCACUGAGAAGUCACUGGGAUGUCUGCCAGUCUCUCACAUCUGUGGUCAGGCCUGUGCUUCUUGAGCAUGCAAAUCCCUGGUGGCAAAAUCCUUCAGGAACAGUCACUAGCACCACUGCCUCCUUUUUCCUAACAUGGGGAAUUCAACAUCGCAUCAGAGGGAUUUCCAAAUCAAGAGGACUCCCCAAAAGAGGACCUAGAUUUCUGGAGAGAGGUAUGCAGAGAAAUGUCACGAGGAGACUGGAUUGACUGUUUAUGAAUGUUGCUCCCAUAAACAUACUUCUCGAAUGUGUACCUUAUGGCAAAAAUCCUUUAGAAGGAGAAUUACAAAAUAAAAAGGGAAAUUGUAGAGAAAAGGCAGGAGGCGACUGCUCCCAGCUUGCUAGCUGCUGGCCAUGAAGGAUUUGUGUUCAUCUCAGCACACUAAGAUAAAGGGCAGGCAGACUGUCUCAAGCAGAGGAUCCUGGUGCUGUGCCAAGAAAGCUGCAAACCUGAGGAAGUGGCCUUCCCGUUCCUUUUCUCAUGAGAAAUAACUUUGUUUAUGCUUUAAUUAGACAUCACAGCAAAGAGUUGGACUGUAGACAGGUUUCUCAGUCUGCAAAGAGGUUUGGGUCACCUUGAACCAAGACAAGCUAUGGCUAAGUAAACAGCACCUGGUGGGAAUAAGAAAUCAUGGCAAAUCUUUAUUGUGUUUUCUGUAUAAAAGAUGCUGGAAUAUCCAAUAAAAUAUGUAUUGUUAUUCUGUGUA